AUGGCAGUGAUGUUCUCUGCCUUUUUUAUAUGCCCCCGCCGUACCAACACGGUGCCGGCGGCAUUCAUGACGCAUGUGCCAUUUUUGCUGCUGCUUUGGUUUCUCUGCGGUGCCCCGCUUCUUGCUGUGGCCCGGACGCACAUUAUUAUGGACGUUGAUGGCUCCGUGGACGACUAUGCCUCGCUCACAACGAUCAUGCAGAGCCCGCACCUCCGCAGCCAACUGAGCCUCAUUACUAUCUCUGGGAUGACGUGGGGCCACGCUGCGACUGUGGCACGCAACAUUUGCCGAUUUUUCUUGCUUUCGCAGCUGAAGGGUGUUACCGUGUCGAUAGGAGCGUUGCAAGCAACAGCAGAUGAUUACAACACGGUGCUGUCUCGUGGUGGAUGCCGUCACAGCCAAGGGUUUCCCUCCACUCCGCAUGAUGCGCUGCGCCGUGGGAUGCCGUACUCCCGUGCAGAUGUCACAAGCUCUUUUGGCGCGGCGUACAGUUUUCCACCAAAUUCAUUUGACGUGAGGGUGAAUGCUUCGGAAGCGCUUCACGCCCUCCUGAACGGCAUGUCUGUUGACGAUAGCGUGAAAUAUUUUGCGUUUGCCAGUUUAACCAACUUGGCAUCGGCGCUGAACUAUUUGGAGCGCCACGACCCGGAUCGUCUGCAGCGAUUUAAGCAGUCCGCAGUGGUGCACAUCUUCGAAAAGGGAUAUAGCCUUGCGGUAGAUAAUGUGUCCACAUCUCAGGUGUUGGCAGAACCCGAGCUGCGUUUUGUUCUGUACAUGCCAUCCUUUUAUGAUCCGGCGGCAGCCUUUUCGUUUAGCUCGUGGAGUGAGUUUGGCAACCUGGCGAAGGAUGCAGGUGCAUCCAAAGCAGUUGCAUGGCUUUUCAGCGCAUGGGAAGCAAAAAAAGCUCUCGUUGAAUCCCGCAGCGACGACCCACUUAAGGCAUUUUUUAAGGAACGUGGCCCAGCGAGCAGUCUGGUGACACUUUGCGCUCUUGACGCCACUGUGCGAGCCAGCUGCACUCUCUACCACGCUGCGUUGUCCAGCGUGUCUCUUCAUUUGGAGCAACCCACAGUGUCUGCGCCUGGCACUGCGAUGUACGGGAUUACUGGAAACAACGUGACGUGGCCGUCGUAUCUGCUAACAACGGCGGGGGACACUCCUGCCGACAAAAAAUUUAUUGUUGUGCAGUCUGCCGACAGCUUGGUGCCGUCCGCCACCGCCUCAUUGGCGUCCAUCUUCUGGUCUGUGUGGUUGGACCUUCUUCGCUCUUAG